AAAAUGUCAUAAUACUCACAAGUCGAACUAGAAACAUACAGUCAACACUUUCAUACAAUUUUACACAGUUUUUCAAUUGUACAAAAAUACACGCAUAAUCUCAAUAUUAAAAUGCAGCAGCCGAUCGAACUUCAUGCAGAAUUCCUACGUCAACCUUCAAAAGUGGAUGAAAUAAUGAAACUUCUAGGUGACAUGGCAAAAUCCAAUAAAAUGGAGGGCACCAAAGAGAAGAAGGUGGAGAAGGAAGUCGACAUUAGUGCAGAUGUAACUGAUUAUAAUUUUUUGGCUUUAAAACGCACUGAAACUACGGAUAGAAAAAGUUUUUUUCUCUCGUUCGUCAAGAAAGAGCAGCGUCAUCAAAUCAAACACGAACCAAAUGACAUUUAUGCGACAGAUUGAUAUCAGCGACGAAGAGCGCAAAAUAGCCCGAAGAGAACGCCUUCAUAUUGCCACCAGUUUUCGCAGAUUGGGAAAUGCGGAAUAUCGUAAGACAAACUAUGAUCAAGCUAUUAAGUUAUAUAGUCAAGGUUUGAACUAUAUUGUUGAUUCUCCAGUUCUCUAUGUCAAUCGCAGUCUGUGCUAUAUAAAAAAACGUGAAUACAAACGUGCCCUGAUCGAUCUAGACUAUGUUCUCAAUCAAUUGGAUAGCAACUGUGUGCAGGCAUUACUCUAUAAAGCUGGAGCUCUAAAGCGCAUGAAUAAUGAAGAUGGUUUCGAAGAGUGCGUAGCAAAUGCUCGCCGAUAUAAUAGAUCAAAGUCCGAAUACAUUGACUAUUUUCUUGACAAAAUGCGAACUGAUUUUUUAAAGAGCUCACAUGUUACACAAAAUAUAAACGAUUAAUGAACCAUUUAA